GUGAUUUUGCGCCUGAAAACAGCUGAAACCUCGACGGCGCUUAUUAUUAACUCUGACCCUUUCUUUCUGCAAGAGCUCAAUGGAUUUGAGCAACGGAGAUGAUUCCGGAGACGUGAAGCUUCACGAGUCGGAGAUGGGAGGAGGCGAGACCUUGGAACCCUACGUGGGAAUGGAGUUCGAUUCCGAAGACGAGGCGAGGAAUUUCUACGUAGAUUACGCGAGAAGAUUAGGGUUCGUGGUGCGGAUGAUGCAGAGGCGUCGAUCGGGGAUCGACGGAAGAACACUCGCUCGGAGACUCGGCUGUAACAAACAAGGGUUUUCUCCCAACAGUCAGAAAAGUGCACAUCUUGGAGGAGAGAAGAGGCCGAGACACAGUUCUCGAGAAGGCUGCAAGGCCACGAUCCUCGUGAAAAUGGAGAAAUCUGGGAAAUGGGUCGUCACCAGAUUCAUCAAAGAGCACAACCAUCCACUCUUCCUCACUGCUUCUCCAUACAAUACUGUUCUUGCCGACAAAGACAAGCAGAUCGAGGAGCUCGAGAGGGAGAUCGGGCAUCAGAAUCAGUUGUGUGAAGCUUACAGAGACAGGUUGCUGAGUUUAAUGAACAAUGUUGAACAACACACAGAAGAGUUGUCUUCCAGAAUCCGAGAUAUUGCAGAGAAUGUUAAGAAAAUUGAAUCCGAAUUGCAAAUUCAUAACAUCCGUACAUAGCCAUUGUAGUGUAAUGUAACCACAUUCAUUCAUCUGUGUAUUCAGUCUUGUGUUCA